GUUGUGAUUGAAGAGCGGCCACGCUUUGCUGUUGAUCGACACUCGCGCGAUUGCUAACUCACUCGGCAGAGCCAACAUGACUAUCGAAUACAAUUUGGGCGAGGUGAUCAUCGAGGGCAAGACCAAGAAGGUGUUUGCGCUCAAGGACGAGCCGAAGCUGUGCUACCUGGAGAGCAAGGACCGUAUAACCGCCGGGGAUGGAGUCAAGUCGCACGAGCUCGAGGGUAAGGCCGCGAUCAGCAACGCCACGAACGCCAAAGUGUUUGAGCUGCUCAACAAAGUUGGCCUCAAGACCGCCUUUGUCAAGGUGGCCGGCGACAGAGCUUUCAUCUCCAAGAGGUGCGAGAUGGUGCCCAUCGAGUGGGUGACCCGUAGACUCGCCACUGGCAGCUUUCUCAAGAGGAAUCCAGGGAUCGAGGAGGGCUACAGGUUCGCUCCGGUCAAGCAGGAGACGUUUUUCAAGGACGACGCGAAUCACGACCCACAGUGGUCCGAGGAGCAGAUCAUCUCGGCUGGUUUCAAGCUCAACGGCGUGACGAUCGGUAAGAGCGAGUACGACGUCAUGUACGAGACUACGCGAGUCGUGUUCGAGGUGCUCGAGCGGGCCUGGGCAACGCGGGAUUGCGUGCUCGUCGACAUGAAGAUCGAGUUUGGUGUCGACACCGAUGGGGAGAUACUCGUCGCCGAUAUCAUCGACAGCGAUUCCUGGAGGCUCUGGCCCAGCGGCGACAAAAGGCUCAUGAAGGACAAGCAGGUCUACAGAAAUCUGUCGACGGUAACGCAAUCCGACCUCGAGACUGUCAAGCGCAAUUUCAAAUGGGUGGCCGAUCAGCUAGACUAUCUGGUGCCAGAGCCGCACGCGCUCGUCGUGAUUUUUAUGGGCUCGCCGAGCGACGAGGAGCAUUGCCAGAAAAUUGCCAAAUACGCGCGAGCUCUCGGCUGCCAAGCUCAAUUGCGCGUCACCAGCGCACACAAGGGCACCCGGGAGACUCUCCGCAUUGCCGCCGAGUACGAGAGCACCGGCCAGAGGGUGGUACUGGUGGCAGUAGCCGGUAGAAGCAACGGCCUGGGCCCAGUACUCUCAGGCAAUUGCACAUUGCCUGUUAUCAAUUGCCCGCCCGGUAAUUCUGCAGAUGUUGCCCAAGACGUCUGGUCGUCGCUGAAAGUGCCUUCAGGACUUGGAUGCACCACUGUUUUAUACCCGGAAAGCGCAGCGCUAGCAGCCGCACAAAUCCACGCACUCAACGAUCAUCUGGUAUGGUCGAUUUUGCGAGUCAAGCAGCUCACUAAUUUUGUCUCGUUAACCAAAGCUGACGUAAAAUUGAGGAAUUGAAUCUGCCAAACGGAACGAAAGAAAAGUUGAUUUUUUUUUUUUUAUUUAAUCAAAAUACUUGUCAUAGAUUUAUAUUUUUAUAUCAAAUUGUCAUAGUUACAUGAAUUUUUUGGUUUAUGCCAACUACAGUUUGGUAUUGCCUCUCAUUUUUACUUUUUCUACGAUAGAUUUCAAUAAGUAAUAAGUCGUUCAUUGAUCAAACUGAUGAUAGCACUUUUUGUUUACGCUCUAUUGCUUCUUCUCAUGAUCUUGUUGUACUGGUUGCAAGUCUGUAAUGUGCAUUUCGUGAGCCGAUCGGUUUAUGAAUAAAACAGAUUGUCAUAAUAUA